AUGGUUAUUAUUGUUUAUGAUGAUAUUAGAAAAGAACGAGAGGGAGUCCUUACCUAUGACUUCUCAAAUAUUGAGACAUUUCUAAAUAUGCAAUCAGUAAAGGAUGCUCUGGGCGUGGAGAAGUCAUUUGCAUCUUUCAGCCACCCGGUAUACGAGGCAUUGAAAGGGGACUGUGCGAAGAAUUCUGAUGAAGGAAUUCCUGCUUUACUUGAUAAGGGAAUCAAACUCUUAAUCUAUGUGGGAGAUGAAGAUCUAAUGUGCGACUGGAUCGGAAAUUUUAGGUGGGUUUUAGAGUUGAAUUGGUCUGGCAAGGAAGGAUUUACAAGAAAUUCAGUUAUUCAAUUUAUCGUUGAUGAUGAACUAGUAGAAUUAUUGACCAAAUAUGGGCCCCUCACUUUCAUUAAGGUUUUUCAAACUGGUCACAUGAUUUCGAUGGAUCAACCAAAAACUACUUUAUAUAUGACUGGCCAUCACUUCAAAUGA